AUGCAGUCGACACCAGCUUAUAUCUGCCUCCUCCUACUCCCCACGACUUUCAUCAUCUCCACAGUUCAACAAGCCCCAACCAUCGACACAAUAUGUGACAACGAGGGAACGUGCAUAAACUCCUCAUCAAUCCUCCACGUCAACACAUCGGACAGCGACUACGACGAGGAGGAGUUUGUCAAGAACUUCCUCAACAUAUCGACCCUGAAGCCAACCCCACGUGCGCCUGACCCCCCAGUGGAGACUGACCUAAAGCCAAACUCAAUCGAACUGAAUCCUGCAGGGAACGCCUGCCCCUGCGAUCUUCUGCCCUCUACCUGCGACAUAAACUGCUGCUGUGACCUCGACUGUAAGGAGUACCAGCUCUCAGUCUUCUCCCACUGCUACGACUACAACCAAGCAACAAAACUGUAUGACAGUCGUUACUGCUACAGAACAGACUUCAUAAAGAAGAAUAGAACUGAUUUUAUUCUCGAUCGACUGGCAGACAAUUUAUUCUGCAUAUCCCACGACAAUCUUCCCCCUUUCUAUACUUCCAUCACAACAAUUGAAGUGCAGAAUCGUAGGAAUUUCGAGGAGGUACUGAAAGCCCAUGAGGAAGACGAGUCGACACCGUUGUCCUUCCAAUGGCAGGAGGAGGAGACCCAGGAGCUGGAGAAAUUCAAGGCCAAUGCGCCUUAUGUCCACGGAGAUUUACUGAGAACAUAUGACAAUAAAUCGAUGCGAACUGUCGACGUUCCAAGUACUGGAUUCACUGGGCAAUGUUCGUCUCGAAAGAGUUUGAAGUACUUGGAGGACUUCCAGUCCGUCUGUCUUCAGACUCAACUCUCCAAUUCUAAUAAAUUCUUGUUCAGUGAAACUUUCACGAACAUCUCGUUGAUUUCCAACUCUUUAUUCAUGAAGAAUGUCACGAUAAGGGACUCUGAGUGCUCCAGAAACGUCUGCAUCCCCAUUGAUUCCAGAUUUUGUGGGAAUUCAGGGGUUUGUAAUGGAACUGUUUCACCGAAGGGUCUCUGUGAUGGUGGAGUCUGCAGUAAUGUUGUAAGACGUGUUACGUAUGUCAUUCAUCACAAUGGGACGAGUGGAAUUCAGAGGGCGAGAGUGUUCGUAGAGGUGGGGAACACCUCCAGGAGUUUUCAUCAGUACUUUCAGGUGAAAUAUGAGUGGAUUAAUGAGUUUGAUAGGAAGGGAGGAGUUGUGGCGAGGAGUGGGAAUCCAGGGUACCUUAUUGGGAAGCCGAUAAUCAUCGGAACGUUGGUAACAUCGAACAUCACGAAGACUAAUGUUCUGAAUGAAAUUGUAAUUAAUACGACGAGUAGUGUAUUGAAGAUUCCACUGGGAGGAAAGGAUGGGAAAUGCUACAAGAACGAAGAGGAGAAGUUGAUCGUUGGAUUUGGGGAGGAUAUCAAGUCCAAGUGCUCAGUAUCACUGACGACGAAUGAUUUCUCGUCGAAAUCUUGUGUCAAACUCCAGGAGAAAAUACUGGAAAGACUGUUUGGAGACACUUUAGUGAAUGUUUCCCAAAUUGAGCAGUACAAAAUUCAUGUCUCGAAGGCUAGCAAUACCUCGAGUAAUGUCACCCAUUGGACGCAGGUUCUCCUGAACAAAAUCCCUCGGAAUAACGCGAAUACAGAGGUCUUUGGGGAUGAGACCAUUUGCGUGGGGGUGAUUAAAUCGGUGAGGAUUGAUGUGUUGUAUUCGGUUCUACCGAAGAUAGAUGACAAGGACCAUUAUAAGAUUAUAGGGGUGGGGAUCACUCUGGGGGAGGCGAGUCAGGCUCACUGGGAUAAGUGCAGUGGUGAUGAUUGUGUUGAGAGAUUGGAGGCUGAGGUUGUUAGUUAUGUGGUGUUCCAUGAUAUCUCGAACCCUUCGAUGUACUAUUACGCUGGUGGACCAAAUCUGGAUAUUAGUUUGCCUUAUGAUUUCUUCUAUCCUUUCCUCAGUGGUAGUACUUAUAGCAGAGCGGGGGGGAAUCGAUUUAAUGGAUUAUAUUACUUCAGCUUUUGUUCAAUUUUAUAUGCGAUGAUUUGA